CCAGGGAAAAGGGAAAAGGGAAAAGGCAGGUCUCUGCAGGCAGGAGAGUGUGAUUCAGGGCAGGGCAGAGGGAGGGAAAGAGAGAGGCCCGCCCUCUAGUAGGAAAUGAGACCGGGCUGCAGUCAGCCGGAGGCCCCAGCGUGCCAGAGCCAAGAGCCCAGGUGGGGUCGAGAACCUCAGCUACAGGAUGUUGACAACACUGCUGUCCCUGCUGCCACUACUGCUCCUGCCCCACUGGGCCCUCUGCAGCCAGGAAGCCUCAGAUGGCCCGCGGUACCUCCACAUGAUCCAGGUCUCCUACUUCCGCAACCCCUCUCAAGUGUGGCACCGGGGCAACGCGACGCUGGGGGGAGUCCUGACGCACGUUCUGGAAGGCCCGGGCAACAACGUCUCGAUCCAACAGCUGCAGCCCUUUCAGGAGCCCGAGAGCUGGGCUCUCACAAAGAACAGCCUGAAUCGCUACCUGCAGGAGUUCCUGGGCCUGGUGCAGGUGGUGCACCACGAGCGGGGCGUGGCCUUUCCUCUGACCAUUCGCUGCUUCCUGGGAUGUGAGCUGCCUCCUGAGGGCUUGAAAGCCCGUGUCUUCUUUGAAGUGGCUGUGAAUGGGAGCUCCUUUAUGAAUUUCCAACCGAAGACAGCCUCAUGGACAGCAGGGCCUCAGGCACCUUCCAGUGUGGUCACCUACGCCCUGGAGCAGCUCAACAAGUACAAUCGUACUCGGUACGAACUGCAGGAAUUUCUGCAGGUCACCUGUGUGCAGUACGUGCAGAAACACAUCACCGGGAACAACUCGAAAGGAAGCCAAAUAGGCCGCUCCUACACUUCGCUGGUCCUGGGCAUCCUGGUGGGCUGUUUCAUCAUCACUGGAGUGGCUGUAGGCAUCUUCUUGUACACAGGUGGACGGCGGCGGUGUUAAUUACUCUCCAGCCCUCUCUGGAAAAGAGCUAGACUGAUGGGGGCUGGCAAAGGAAGAUCUCAGCUCACUGCAAAACUGUACAGUUUCUCUAUCUGGGACAUUAUACUCCAGAAGAUUUAGAGUGGCAGCUCAUUUCUUCUCCAAGAUCCGCCCACCAAGAGUUUGAGGGAGGGGAGGGGAGGAGCCUAGGUAGACAGGGUAGUUGGUUUGCUAAGAACCUAAGAACUGGCACCUUUGCUGAAUUGGUCUGAGAAGUGAAUGCUUAUCUAUAUUUGUGGAAAACAGAUGAUGGAGUUGGGGCAACAGAGGUGGUCUGUGGCCCACCCAUCUUGCAAAGACAGAAUCACCUGAGGCGUUCAAAACACAUAACCAAAUAAAACAAGUCAUCCACAA